AUGGAGCCAGCCCCAAUCGAGGUCAUCACAGUCAAGACGACAAUACCAAAACUACCUUUUCCCUCAAACGAUGAGCGAGAGCCUUUCCGAACGGAGCGCCUGCUGAUGCGGCCUCUCACAGAGGAUGACUUUGAGGCGCUGCGCGUCCUUCGUACACAGCCCGAGGUCAUGGUGUGGUUCACGCAGGGUAGGCCAGACAAGGAUGUCAAAGAAACCAAAAGGGCUCUCCGUCUUAAUCUGCCCCCGUACGAUCUUCAACGAUACAACUGGGCCAUCUGUCUUGCUGAGACGGGAGAGUUCAUCGGCAUCGCAGGAAACGGCGUGUUGGACGGAGAGCUGGGCUGGCCUGAGGUGGGAUACAGCCUCUUGAAGGAGCACUGGGGCAAAGGCUACAUCACAGAGUUUCUGAGGGGCUACCUCCCUCAGUGGUGGGCGCUCCCGAGGGAGGAGGUCGAGCUCAAGGUGGACAAGAACUCGGUCUGCGGGGACGGAAGUCUUGAGAAAGAGUGCUUAGUAGCCAUUACAGUGGACGACAACGCAGCGAGCCAGAACGUACUGCGAAAGUGUGGGUUCGACUUGGUGAGGGCGUGGGAGGAGACCGAUCUUAGGGACUCGAGCAAGAUGGUUACCCUGUAUGGAUUUGUCGCACACAAGGAAAAGUCUCCAUGA